CAGUUCCAAAAUUACUGAUCUGUGAUUGGUGAUUCCAAGUUCCAGCUUUCAAAGUUUCUAAAGUAAUUUUGAAUUUGAUUUCCAGCUUUUCACUUUCCUUUGCCAAUCUCUUAAGUGCGUUAAAUAAAUUUAACAAAUAUUUUAGGUACCUAAUUUUAAAAGCAUUGAAGUGAUUAAGUGCACAGAAUACCACUUACAAUAAAAUGUCGACAAUUAAAUUGUACCACUUUCCCGUGAGUUCACCUUCGCGAGCAGCUGUUUUUGCUGCAAGAAUUAUAGGUGUGCCGGUUGAAAUUAUCAUUCUAGACUUGACAAAGAAGGAGCAAAUGAAUGAAAGUUUUAUAAAAAUUAAUCCGCAGCAUUGUGUCCCUACACUGGAUGAUAAUGGUUUCGUUAUUUGGGAGAGCAGGGCUAUAGCUUGUUAUCUGGCUGAUAAGUAUGGAAAGGAAGACACCUUGUAUCCUAAGGAUUUGCAACGCCGUGCGGUCGUUAACCAACGGUUAUACUUUGAUAGCUCCUUUUUGUAUCCCAGGAUAAGAGCUAUUUGUUAUCCAAUCAUAUUCGAGGGUGCAACAGAAAUUAAGGAUAAACUAAAGGAAGACCUGAAUAACACUCUGGGCUUCCUCAACCAGUUCCUAGAGGGUAACAAAUGGGUUGCCGGAGACCAUGUGACAGUAGCUGACACUGCUAUACUGGCAUCAUUGACUUCAAUUCUUGAAGUGGGUUGGGACAUUUCACAAUUUUCCAAUAUCCAAAGAUGGCUGAAAGACUCUGCUUCGUUACGUGGUUAUGAAGAAAAUUUGGAAGGUGCUAAAGCUUUUGCUGCAUUAUUCAAGAAAAAUUUUAAACAAUCUUUAUAAACACACUUUAUUUUACUAUACAUCAUAUUAAGUAUAUUAAAUACAGGGUGCCUAUUCUUAUAUCUAUAAAUAUUGUUAUGUUAUUAAGAAUAAUAAUAAACUCUUUUUCUUACUUACAAAACUUUAAAA